AUGAACGUCAAUAAGCGUCACGAAGUCUUUGAUUAUAUUAUUUAUCUCAAAUGGGAUCCAAUCGGGGAGGAACUUGCCAGAAAUACAAUCGGAUAUCGUCGUCUACUUGAAUCUGGUACUCUUGAUAAAUCAAAAGGAACACACAUAUUAAUAGUUCAUGGGGAAUUAGUUGAGUACGGUGAUAAAUCUCUGGAAAAAGAGAUCUUGAGGAAAAAUAUCCAGGAUGUUUCUAUGUACCUGUUGUUGAACGUUUUGUUGAAAUACGCAAAUUCUCAACUAAUAAUGAUAAUAGAAGAAAAAAGAUGGUUGGAAGAAACUUCUACUCAAGCUGUUGGAUAUGGCGAUGACGUAAAAUUACACAGGUUUCAAGAGAUUGGUCCAUAUGCUUGUGUGAUGAGAUCAAUUGGUACGGCUGGACUAGGACAAUAG